GGGACGAGUUGAGUUCCACUUUUAUGGGGGAAACAGGAAACUUCUCGGUGUACUGGCAAGUUAAUCUGAGCAGGCAGGACGGAAUGUGCUCAAUGUCAAACACGCUUAGAAAGCCCAGGCUGCCAGCAGACACUUCGGUCUGUUUGUGUGCUCUCUUUGUGUGCACGACUCCUGGGGGAGAACGACAAAAACUCUGCCUUGAUGUCUUUUAACGUCAUUUUUGUUUACACUUAAUUUAGAAUGGCCCCUUUUCCCCGUGGUGUCGAGUCGUUGACGUUUAUUAAAAAAAAAAUGUGACCAAGGUACAGAUGUAGGCGCUGAUAAAGUGGCUUUGAGAUUUUUUUCACUAUGUCAGGUGAAGGUUCCGCUUGCAACCCCGUGUACUACGCUGUCAUUAAGUCCUUAAUAGAUCGGAGUGAAGCCGAUCAGGGGGUCUUUCCUCAUUUAGUUGUGCAGUGGCGCCAUCUUCUGUUUAAACACCACCAAAACACCUGUUUGCUUCAAAGUUUUGACAUACCGUCGAGACUGGAGGCUUGUGAUAGCCGAUGGAAUGAUCUAUCUAUCUUUCUCAUAUAUAUAUUUAUACCUGUUUAAUAUUGCCAAAUUAAAGAAGACCAGCAUCACUAAAGUAUGUUUUCAGGUCAGAUUCAUCCUAAAUUGCAGCCACUUUAAGGUGUUUUGUUAAAAGUCACUAUGAAAUUUGUUAUAUCUAUCUAUCUAUCGAUCUAUCUGUGUAUUUCAUCCUCCUCUUGUGGCAGUAUGCACAUAUUUGAGUACGUCGCUGAACAUGGCAUGUGUUGGUUUUCCCCGUGCACAGAUUGCGACAGCAUGGCCAUGACUGUGGAUGGCUGUAUUCAAUUCACACGCCACGCGGGCGAUGUCCUGCUCAACUUCCAUCGCCUGCGCAGCAGGAACCUCCUGACCGACGUCACCGUACAGGUGGACGGACAGCUGUUUCAUGCUCACAGAGCCAUCUUAGUGGCCUGCAGCGGCUUCUUCUAUUCCGUGUUCAUGAAACCUGAGAAUGCAAACCUCAGUGCCAUCAGCCUCGACCCAAAAGUGGACCCCGAAGGUUUCGCGCUCCUGUUGGACUUCAUGUACACUUCCUGCCUUAACCUUAACGACAGCUUGGUCAUGGCCACGCUGAAUACGGCCAUCUACCUCGAGAUGGAACACGUAGCUGAAACCUGCCACAGGUUCAUCAAGUCCAGGCAUCAGUCCCUGAAUAUGCACGUCAAAGAGGUACAGACGAAGUCAGCGAGCCUGGCUGAAGAGAUCUCUGCUUUAAGGCCUGCCGGGGCGAAAGAGCCAGAAUCUAAACAUAACUCCUCAUCCUCCGUGUCCCCUAUACAAGAGUGCAGGGCUUUUACCCCUAAUGUUUUCAGAGGGAUCAACACCUCUGGUUCGUAUCAUGUCUAUGGCGACCUCUGUGCCUCUGCUGGGAAGCAGGACGGUUCUUAUAAGGUCAGGUCCUUUCCCAGCAUGGCCCUCAUCGAGUCCUCAACCACCAUAUCCCACUCAGUCCCAUCCCACUCCUCUUUCCCCUCCGCCAUCCGCCGAUCGCCGGUCGCCCAUGGGAGUUUUCAAAGCCCCGCGGCUCCAAUGGAGGAGGACAACUUCAAUCACCCACAAGCCAGCUGUUUGAGAUUGUCCCCAGGCUACAGCAAAGGCGUCAUAUGUAGCCCUCAGAGCCCACUCAGAUCCGACUGCCAGCCGAACUCGCCCACUGAGUCCAGCAGCAGCAUAAACGCCGGCGCGGGCCACAAACAGCCCACCGACACGGGCUGCAAAGACACAAGGCCCCACAACUGGAAGAAAUACAAGUUCAUCGUGAUGAACCCAUCGCCCUGCGAGAACGCAAAGGAGGAGCAGGCGGGCAGCGUCGGGGCGCCGUCGCCCUCCUCGCUGAGCCCCUGCGGCAGUGGCGCGUCAGACGCGCUUCAGACGGAGGACGAAGCCGGCGGACACAAGGAGGAAGCGCCCGAGCCCCAGAGCCUCCACACGUGCUGCAGCAUCAGCCCUCAAAGAUGCUCCUCCUGCAGCUGCGAAAGCCCCCAGGGUUCGGAAGGCGAUCAACACUCGCCCGACUCGUACAGCAGCGAAAAUAAUUACCUCUGCAACGGCUGCGACUCCAAGUUCAUGGAGGAGGAUUCGCUGAAGGAACACAUGGCCCAGGUCCACAGCGACAAGCCGUACAAGUGCGACUGCUGCCAGGCGGCCUUCCGCUACAAGGGCAACCUGGCCAGCCACAAGACCGUUCACACCGGCGCGAAGCCGUACCACUGCAACAUCUGCGGCGCGCAGUUCAACCGGCCGGCCAACCUGAAGACCCACACCCGCAUUCACUCCGGAGAAAAGCCAUACAAGUGUGAGACAUGCGGCUCCCGAUUUGUCCAGGUGGCCCACCUGCGUGCCCACGUGCUGAUUCACACAGGAGAAAAACCCUACCCCUGUGAGAUCUGUGGAACACACUUUCGCCACCUCCAGACACUCAAGAGCCACAUGCGCAUUCACACUGGAGAAAAGCCUUAUCAUUGUGAAAAAUGUGACCUCCACUUUAGACACAAGAGCCAGCUCAGGCUUCAUCUCAGACAGAAGCACGGCGCCGUCACCAACACCAAGGCUCAGUACCGCAGGUCUCCCAGCAACAUGGUGACAGGCCAGGUGAACGCCUGCUGAGCACGCUGGAGUUUGCCUUUCACCGCGUCGCGCAGGAUGCUUCUUUUUCCUCAAACACAAACAGAAACAUUCACAUUUGUUUGCCUUCUACGUGCUUGUAAAUGACGCACACUUCUCACGAGUGGGCUCUGUGACGCUUUAAAGACAAUAAUUUGUGCUUUCCUCUUGAAUGUCUAACAACAGAAUGUAAUUCUUGAAUGUGAAUUUAAAAAAGCUAUUGCUUUGUUUUUGGAAAAUAUCUCAACAUGACCAUGUUUUUAUUCUGAGAAUCACUGUUACAGUUUUGUUUCAUAAUGCCAUGAACUUACUGAAAAUGUGGUCUUAUGCAGUAAUUUUGUUUCCCCUCAUUGCUGUUUUUGUAAAUAAGAUAAUAUAUAUUUUCAGAUUGCCACUUGCUGGCAGAGUACUACAGAAAGUAUGUUUUUUUUUUUUCUUCUUACUUGCAGUAGGCUUUACUGUCAGUCAAAUAACAGCUUCUCGUUUUGCUGUGUCACCAUUUGUGGUACGCACUAUUUGUACAGACUUUGAAGAAACUUUAAAGUAUUGUACAUAUAUUUUCCUUUUUUUUUUUAAAUAGUAAUUUGGGUAUUUUGCACAUACUCCUGAUGCUGUAAUAUAUAAGAUCAUAAUUUCAUGCUAGCAUUUCCACAUAGAAAGUUCUCAUUGGUUGGUUUUACCCCAUUCCAAGCACUUAUUGUGUUCAUUUGUAUUUGUACUCUGUGCUCUUUCUUGUGGUGCCGACACACAAUGAUCUUUUUUUUCCCAGUGAGAUCGUUUUUUAAUUUUUUAUACACAGACUAAGGUUUAAUAUAAACUAGCACAUUUAUUACCCUCAAGUCUUUUGUAUUUGGUAAUAUCCCAGUCUGAUGCUUUAGGCAUUUUCAUUGGGACAUUGUGAAAUCCCCGUCUGUUUCCGACUGCUUUUAUGUUGCAUUAUAAAGGUGGUGCUUGGCACAGGUGUACAGUUAUGACUAUGCAUGCUAUGGUACGCUAAGGUACGAUUGGUUUGGAAACCUUUAAGCUUUUUAAGUGCAGACACCAGGCCUCAAGCUAAAAACACUCAGGAAUAUUAGUGUAUGUAAACAGAUGUCUAUGAAAUGACAGAUUGUGUAUGUAUAUACGCUGUAUAUAGGAAAUAUAUUUAUGUAUAUUAAAACAAAUAAAAUGUGUAUUGUAAAUCA